AUGGAGGGCUCCACCGGCUUCGGGAUCGACUCCAUCCUCUCGCACCGAGCCGGCAGCCCGGCCGUGCCCAAGGGGGACCCGCUGGUGGGCGACGGCCGCUCCCCGCUGGAGCUGAGCCCCCGCUCAGAGGGCAGCAGCGGGUGCCCCUCUCCACGUUCCCCGGAGGCGGCGGUGCGGCCGGGCCUGGACGCGCACCUGCAGCCGGGGCAGCUUUCGGCUCCCUCCCAGUCCCGAACCGUCACCUCCUCCUUCCUCAUCAGAGACAUCCUGGCCGACUGCAAGCCCCUGGCCGCCUGCGCGCCUUACUCCAGCACCAAUGGACCUCACGGCGGGCAGGAGGCGGCGGGCAGGAUCCCCACCAAACCCGGAGAGGACUUUAGGGAGAAAAUGGAAAAAACCACCAGCAGCUCCUCCUCGGACUCCGAGUACAAAGUGAAAGAAGAAGGGGACCGGGAGAUUUCCAGUUCCCGGGACAGCCCCCCGGUGCGGCUGAAAAAGCCUCGCAAAGCCCGCACCGCCUUCACCGACCACCAGCUGGCCCAGCUGGAGCGCAGCUUCGAGAGGCAGAAAUACCUGAGCGUGCAGGACAGGAUGGAGUUGGCCGCCUCCCUCAACCUCACCGACACGCAGGUGAAAACGUGGUACCAGAACAGAAGGACCAAAUGGAAAAGGCAGACGGCGGUAGGCCUGGAGCUGCUGGCCGAGGCUGGCAACUACUCAGCCCUGCAGAGGAUGUUCCCCUCGCCCUACUUCUACCCGCAGAGUUUGGUCUCCAACCUGGACCCCGGCGCUGCCCUCUACCUGUACCGCGGACCCAGCGCUCCGCCCCCGGCCCUACAGAGACCUUUGGUGCCCCGCAUCCUCAUCCACGGACUGCAGGGCGGCAGCGAGCCCCCCCCGCCCCUACCACCGCUGCCCGGCGUUCUGCCCCGGGCCGCGCAGCCCCGGUGA